AUGGCUGAAAUCUUCCGACCCGCACCAGAGCCUUCCACCGAGCUCGGACGGUACCGCAUUCUCUCCUCGACUGCGGGUAUCCGGGUGUCCCCCCUGCAACUCGGAGCCAUGUCGAUCGGCGACUCCUGGUCGUACAUCUUGGGGUCGAUGGACAAGGAGUCCUCUUUCAAGCUGCUUGACGCCUUCGUCGAGGCCGGCGGCAACUUCAUCGACACCGCCAACAACUACCAAGACGAGCAGUCCGAGACCUGGAUCGGCGAGUGGAUGGCAGCCCGCCAAAACCGCGACCGGAUGGUCAUCGCCACCAAGUUCACGACCGACUACCGGUCCCACGCCGUGGGCAAGGGCAAUGCGCCCAAUUGCUGCGGUAACCAUCGACGCAAUCUGAACAUAAGCGUGCGCGACUCGCUCCAGAAGCUGCAGACCGACUACAUCGAUAUCCUGUACCUGCACUGGUGGGACUACACCACCUCCAUUGAAGAGGUCAUGGACAGCAUGCACAUGCUCGUCGAACAGGGCAAGGUCAUGUACCUGGGGAUCUCGGACGCGCCGGCCUGGGUGGUCAGCGCGGCCAACACGUACGCCCGCGCGCACGGCAAGACUCCCUUCAGCAUCUACCAGGGACGCUGGAACGUGAUGCUCCGGGACUUUGAGCGCGACAUCAUCCCCAUGGCGCGACACUUUGGGAUGGCGUUGGCCCCAUGGGACGUGUUGGGCAGCGGCAAGUUCCAGACGAAGAAGGCGCUGGAGGAGCGAAAGAAGAAGGGCGAGCAACUGCGCAGCCUGGACCCCGUGAAGGAACAGACCGAGGAGGAGGCCCGGAUGAGCGAGGCGCUUGCCAAGGUGGCGGCGGAGCAUGGCAUCGAGUCCGUGACGGCCAUUGCGCUGGCAUAUGUCCGGGCCAAGGUGUCCAAUGUGUUCCCGCUCGUCGGGGGACGGAAGGUUGAACACCUGCACGACAAUAUUCAGGCGCUGAGCAUCAAGUUGACGCCCGAGCAAGUCGAGUAUCUCGAGAGCGUCAAGCCCUUCGAUAUCGGCUUCCCGGGUAACAUCUUUGGGCCCGAUCCGAAUGUGACGGGCCAAGCAACGGGGCUGUUGGCUGCGAGUGCUCCAUUGGCCUUUGUCACGGAACCGAAACCCAUCGGGUUGGCUUGA